GGCGCCUGGAAACCGGCGCAGACCGAGUUGAGUGUGUGGAAUCACUCUGAUUAGUCUCCUCACUCUUGCGGACCUCGCCGAGGGGAAAAAUAACUAAUGGAGUGGCAGAUGUGGUUUUAAACUAACGCCGACUAAUGUAUUAACAAAGAAAACUUUUUUACCACUCGCGUUUGGACACUUUGGUGAGGGGGAAAGUGCUGCGGAGUUGCCGGGAGAGUCGGAUUUCUGUGCAUGGCUGACGAGGACACUUGGAAGAAAUUACUUUACAUCGGCGCCUCCUGCAUUUUUUUUUUCUCCACAAAACCCCAAAUUAAGGUCAGUGGACUUCCAAGAGUCGAGAACUUUUGCCUUUACUCAUCUCGCCUGUGAAAUUUAAGGGAUUUAAUUCACUAGUCGCGGACUAAGAGUGGAUUUGGAGUAUGAAUAAAUCCCGUAAUCCACCAUUUUCUUGGAGAGUUGUGGAAACUGCCGUGGAAUAAUAAGGAAUGCAGCAGUAAACAGCGCGCCUGACUCCAGUUUUACGCACAUUUUGCCCGCACGUCGUCCAGGGACCGGGACUUUUUUCUUUAAAUCUGUAAAAAAUAAACCUUUUUAUUUUUUGGAGACCCUCUACGAGUCUCCGUGAACUCCUCGACUUUUUUUUCCUUCUUCUCCGGGCUUGCUAUCAUGGCGGUAGGGGGAACCUGGCGGUGCGUUUGGAUAACGGGCUGCGCUCUGGCGAUUGCGCUCCUCUGGCAGCCGUGUGCCAGCCAGUACCACGGCGAGAAGGGCAUUUCCAUACCGGAGCACGGCUUUUGCCAGCCCAUUUCCAUCCCCCUGUGCACGGACAUCGCCUACAACCAGACCAUCAUGCCCAACCUGCUGGGGCACACCAACCAGGAGGACGCAGGGCUGGAGGUGCACCAGUUUUACCCGCUGGUGAAGGUCCAGUGCUCCAUGGACUUAAAAUUUUUCCUGUGCUCCAUGUAUGCACCCGUGUGCACCGUUCUGGAACAGGCCAUCCCGCCCUGCCGGUCCCUGUGUGAGAGGGCCAGGCAGGGCUGCGAGGCACUCAUGAAUAAAUUUGGUUUCCAGUGGCCGGAGAGGCUCCGCUGCGAGAACUUCCCAGUCCACGGAGCCGGGGAGAUCUGCGUGGGUCAGAACACAUCCGACACCGACAUCCCCACGUCGGACCCGACCCCCAACCUGCCCGAUCUCAUGACCCUGCCCCCGCUUGUGGGCCGCCCUCCCCAGCCCUUCUCCUGCCCCCUGCAGCUCCAGGUCCCAUCCUACCUCAACUACCACUUCCUGGGCGUGAAGGACUGCGGCGCUCCCUGUGAGGCCUCCAAGCCCAACGGACUCAUGUAUUUCCGCGAGGAGGAGCUGAAAUUCGGCAAACUGUGGGUCGGCAUCUGGUCCAUCCUGUGUUGUGUGAGCACUCUUUUCACCGUGCUCACCUACCUGGUGGACAUGAGGCGCUUCCGCUACCCCGAGAGGCCAAUCAUCUUCCUGUCUGGGUGUUACUUCAUGGUGGCGGUGGCGUACACCGCUGGCUUCCUGCUGGAGGACAAAGUGGUGUGUAUUGACAAGUUUAAGGAGGACGGCUACAAGACGGUGGCCCAGGGCACCAAAAAGGAAGGUUGCACCAUUUUGUUCAUGAUCCUGUACUUCUUCGGCAUGGCCAGCUCCAUCUGGUGGGUCAUUCUUUCACUCACCUGGUUCCUGUCCGCCGGGAUGAAGUGGGGCCAUGAGGCGAUCGAGGCCAACUCCCAGUACUUCCAUUUAGCAGCUUGGGCCGUCCCGGCGGUCAAAACCAUCACCAUCCUGGCCAUGGGGCAGGUAGACGGCGACCUGCUCACCGGCGUGUGCUAUGUGGGCAUCUACAACGUCGACGCCCUGCGUGGCUUCGUCCUGGCGCCGCUGUUCGUCUACCUCUUCAUCGGCACCUCCUUCCUCCUGGCGGGCUUCGUGUCGCUCUUCCGGAUCCGCACCAUCAUGAAGCACGACGGCACCAAGACGGAGAAGCUGGAGAAGCUGAUGGUGCGCAUCGGCGUGUUCAGCGUGCUGUACACGGUGCCCGCCACCAUCGUCAUCGCCUGCUACUUCUACGAGCAGGCCUUCCGCGAGCAGUGGGAGCGGACGUGGCACAUGCAGACGUGCAAGCGCUUCGCCGUGCCUUGCCCGGCCGGCAACUUCGCGCCGAUGACGCCGGACUUCACCGUGUUCAUGAUCAAGUACCUGAUGACCAUGAUCGUGGGCAUCACGUCGGGCUUCUGGAUCUGGUCGGGGAAGACGCUGCAGUCGUGGCGCCGGUUCUACAAGAGACUGAGCAACAACAACCAGGGGGAAACAACAGUGUAGAGCUGUGAAACCUGAGAGGACGCAGGCCGGGGUUGGGGGUUGGGGUUUGGGACUGGGGGGCGAACGCCAAGGAGUCCCAUAAGUGGGGUUGAAUUAAAACCCGAGCAUUUACUUGGACAUAUUGUGGACAUUGGACUCUUAAAAAAAAAAAAAAAAAGAAGCGUGUUGUUUUGUGGAGAAUGUCCCGUCUGGCUCAAUGAGCCUUUGACUGAGCCU